GCAUGCUUACUUUUGUAUGUCAUUGUUGUUCAUUCGUUUUUUCCUCGACUAAGUUGAUUGUCGGGGAAAAAUAAUUCUGAAGAUAAUGCAGUUAACUCGAUAAAAGGCAACCUAAAUGCGACAUUCGUAAUUGUAAACAAAGCGACCGGUCGCGUUCUAACCUACAAAAACAAUAAAACGAUUCACAGCGUUAACUCACUCAGCUCAAAAGUGUUGAAUUUAUUUUGCUUAGUUCGCAAGCAAGAAAUGCUAAGAAGAUGUAUCCCGCGAAUCACAAGACAACAUUCGUGCUGGAUCACACUCCAUAUUUCGGUAUUUCUACCGAGUGCCCGUUAGAAUUCGAUUUUUUGAAAAGUAGGGGACAGAACUUGAUCCCACUAGCACCAGUUUGCAAAUCCUUAUGGACCACCAGCGUCGAGGCCUCGUUGGAGUACUGUCGCAUUGUUUGGGAUCUUUUCCCCAUGGGUAAAUUGAUUAGAUUCGUUGUGACUGAUCGUUCAGCUUAUAUGUUGAAUUCAUGGAGCACAUUGCAACAGAAUUUGAAUCAUAUAAUGAAUGGUACAGCCAUUUUAGGAGUACCAACGAAGACUCCAGAACCUGGGGAAGAUUACUCAGUAAUACAUGGUUUACGUGUGGCAAUUGAAACUUUGAACGAGUGUUCUGAGAUACAACAUGAGAAAAGAACUUCCCUAAAUGAGAAUACUAGCAAGCUACUGAACAGAGGCAGGGUAAUAUGUAUUACAAGUGCACGUGACAAUAGCAAUAUGAAGAGCUUGGAGAACAUAUUUCUGAAUGAAUUAGCACAGGAAAACAAGAAAGCAUUAGGCUCAGAUCAAUUGAUUCCCAUUGAUUAUUGUCAUUUAGUCAUACUAAAUAUAUACCCCAACAAUAUUGAAUCUCAAGUUACUAGUCAAGGUCCUCGAGAGGUAUCACCGUUUCUCACAGUAGAAGUACAUUCAAUCAAAGCUUCAGCGCUUCAUUCCAAGUUAUCCCAUCUGAUUCUAUCCCAUUAUGACUUGGCUAGUACAACAGUAACAGGCAUACCUAUGAAAGAGGAACAGAAUGCCAGCUCUUCUGCGAAUUAUGAUGUGGAAAUAUUUCAUUCCUCCGCUGCACAUACUGCGAUUUUAAAAGGCAAUCCUCAAGAUUCAGCAUUGAUAAAAACAUUCAGGCGUUUCGAAGAAGGAUCGGAAUACGAGACAGUUACGUUGAAGUGGUGUACGCCACGUGGCUGUAGCGCAUCAGAGAUGCAAAAUUGCACAGCAAUGCAUCGAAUCACACCAGUCGACGUAAAUAGUAGGCCGUCGUCUUGUUUGAUCAACUUUCUGUUAAAUGGCCGAUCAGUGAUGUUGGAAAUGGCUAGGAAGACUGGCGGAAAGACUAUUUCCCAUCUAUUAGCAGCACAUGGUGGCGAGAUUUUUAUUCAUACCCUUUCUACUGCUCGAAGUGUGCUCGAGGAUCCACCCUCCAUUAGCGAAGGAUGUGGUGGACGUGUCACAGAUUAUAGAAUAACCGACUUUGGUAUUCUUAUACGAAAUAAUAUACUGGGACCACUGAAAUGUACUAAUUCUAAUACUGUUGGACUAGUAGAAAAGAUGAGAUCAAGACUGGAACGUCACACUAAAUAUUGGCCUAUGACUAUUUCUAGCACUCUCAUGUUUAAUUUAAAACAAGUGAUAGAUCCACUUCCAGAAUUGAUGGUAAAAGAGGAACUCACCACAGAGGAAGUGCUACAGUGUAAACAAGUGAUCUUUAGUGUGCUUGGACUAGAAGCAAAACACGAGGCUUUGCCUCUGCCGAGCAUCGGCGGAGGACGUGGUGGCAAAGGAGGAGUACGCAGAGAAGAACACUAUCGUUUGCUGUGGGAUGAGAUAGAAACAUUUCUCAAGCAUCAUGCGAACAAUUCGGCCGCACAUACUGAAGUCCUUAAUUGUUUACUAGAGAUCAGGAACAAAGAUGAAAAGGAUAAAGUGGAGCUGGAUCAAGCUCUACGGGAGUUGGAUAGCUUUGGUAAAGAGGACGUAACUGCCAGAGUCAGCGUAAUUAGAGCGACAACGGACUCGCCGAUGUCGCCGCCGGCGAGUGUAUCGAUACCUCUAGCCAAACAAUUGCACAAGGGUAACAUUGCCGCGUCGAAGAGUCUCUUGGACAUUUGGUUGCAACGCAGCGCUCCAAAGGAUAGAAAACCAGAUUUCCACGGUAGAAUCAACAGCGACGGUCUUAAAGCGAAAUUAUAUCCCAAUUUGAAGGAUGCGACAGGAAGAGAGCCUAGAGAGACCAUGCUAGAAGGAUAAUGUAUAAAACAGCCGAAACUCGUUGUGUAAAAAAACUAUAUGUAACAUUGUAAAUAUAAUCGUUUGACGUAUUAA